AUGGCGAAAGAUAGGUUAUCAAAGGAAUAUGAAGAUGGAGUUGAGAGUUUUAUUGAAAUAGCCUUGAAAAAUACAGUGGAUCCUAAGAGAGUUCAUUGUCCAUGUCAAAAGUGUUCUAAUUUGAAAAAAUUGGAUAUAAAGGAAAUAAAAAAUCAUUUGUAUUUCAAUGGAAUAGACAAAACUUAUGUUAAGUGGAUAUGGCAUGGAGAACAAGUUGAGUCUACCCCCAAAGUACACAAUGAAAAUAAAGAAUUUACUCAAGUGUUUGAUGACCCUAUAGAGAUGGUGAGAGAUGCAGUUGAUCGAUUUGUGGAUAGGCUAGAAGAAUUUGUAAAGUUCUUAGGAGAUGCAGAGAAACCAAUUUUUCCAGGGUCACCUUUGUCAAAGUUGGUUGUUUUGGUAAAAUUAUACAAUUUAAAAGCUGGUAGUGGUUGGAGUGACAUAAGUUUCACAAAGUUGCUUGAUUUGAUGAAGGAGAUUUUACCAAAAGACAAUGAGAUGCCUUCUUCCCUUUAUGAGGCGAAAAAAACUCUGUGCACUUUAGGAAUGGAUUAUAAAAAGAUACAUGCCUGCCCUAAUGAUUGUGUUUUAUACCGCAACAAUUUAGAAAAUGCAACCGAGUGCCCUACGUGCAAGACAUCGAGAUGGAAGAGAGGUAAAGAAGGAAAAGAAGGUAAGAAAGGGAUUCCAGCUAAAGUAUUAUGGUAUUUUCCACCGAUACCAAGAUUUAUACGUUUGUUUCGGAAUCCAGAACAUGCUAAAAGUUUAAGAUGGCAUGAGCAUGGAAGGAUCAAAGAUGAUUUAUACCGCAACAAUUUAGAAAAUGCAACCGAGUGCCCUACGUACAAGACAUCGAGAUGGAAGAGAGAACAUGCUAAAAGUUUAAGAUGGCAUGAGGAUGGAAGGAUAAAAGAUGAUAAACUAAGACAUCCAGCAGAUUCAUUAGCUUGGAAAACUAUCGAUGAGAAAUGGCCUGUAAUAAAAAAGGAUCCUAGGAAUCUUCGACUUGGUCUUUCAGCUGAUGGCAUCAAUCCAUUUAGCAAUAUGAGCUCGUCUUACAGAAGUAAACAACCUGGAAAUGAUAUAGACGUCUAUUUGGCACCGUUGAUAGAUGAUUUAAAGUUGUUGUGGGAUGGAGUGGAUUGUUAUGAUUCUUUUAGUAAAGAAAGUUUUAUACUGAGAGGGUUACUUUUAUGGACAAUUAAUGAUUUUCCAGCUUAUGGAAACUUGUCGGGGUGUUAUGUUAAGGGUUAUAAAGGAUGUACAAUAUGUGGGGAGAAAACAAGCGCAACAAGAUUGAAGUUUUGUAAAAAGACUUGUUACAUGGGGCAUAGAAGGUUUCUACCUACAGAGCAUUAUCUUCGUAAUCAAAUGAAAGCCUUUAAUGAUAAGCAAGAACUACAAGGACCUCCACCAAUAAUGACUGGUGAAGAGAUUUAUGAAGAGAUUCGUUUGAUAAAUAAUAGAUUCAGAAAACCAGUCACAAAUACCGAAGAAUGUGAAGACAUUGAAAGUAGGGUCAAAUCAAAGGGUAAAAGUAAGAUGAGUAAGAAACGAAAACGUAGCAAGAAACAUCAAGUGAGCAAUGAUGAUUCUUUGAAUACUACAUGUUGGAAAAAGAAAUCAAUUUUUUUUUGA